AUGAAUUUUUGUAUACGUGGAAGCUCACAAAGUAUAGUUGUUGAAAACAGAAAUAUUGGUGGUUUGACAAGUCCUGAAUCGCUGGGGGAGCACAUCAAUAGGUUAAUCACUGAAAAUGAGGCUAUUUUGGAACAGAAUCCAGGCCGUGUUAAAAGAAGAAAUUACCAUAAGCAGAUAGGACCACAAACGCCUCUUGAUUUUGAAAACGGCACAAGAAGUCAGAGUAAUUCUCCCGGUAUUGUUCGUGAGGGCAGGGCGUCAUCUUCACGACAGCAGUAUAUUCUGGCUGGUGGCUCACUAACUAAUGGCCAGCCUAUAUUAAGGGUACCUGAUAAAAGUCAUAUAUGCCCGUUUUGUCAGCUAAAAUUUACCAACGAGGCGGCCUUAGAUUCACAUGAGUCAAGAUGUAGCAAGCGACCUGAAGUUCAAAAUCCGCAUUUGCAAGCCACCCAGUUUGCUCAGACGACAUCUAGUAACCGUGUGCCGACUCCACAGACCUCCGUUUCCAAUGUACCAACGAGGAAACAUAGUGUUGCCUCUCUUUCCCCAUCUGGGCCAGAGUUAAGGUCGCUGAAGCGGCGGAUUCUUGAUUCACUGCAGAAACACGAUGAGGAGCCCUCUAGAUCUAGUAAUAAAACUCCCAAGCUUGAGCCUGUGAAACAGGAAGUGACGGAAACAACAUCUAGUGAUUCUACUAAUGUUUCUCUUAAUGUUGAGCAACUUCAACGUGCUAUCGGCUCACAGAUGGUUGAAAAUGCUAUUAGUUUCAAUGCUCCCUCAGGGUCUGUUCAAAGUAUCGAAGCUCAGUCUCGUAUUGCUAAUCAGGAUCUCAUCCGAGAGGUCCAGUUUUCUCGAGUUUUUCAGGCUGCUACAAAAUCACAUGAUAAUAGCAGGCCUUACAUAUUGACAUUAACACAGUCUUCUACUGUCCAGCAAGAAGCCUCAAGUACUGAAGCUCCACGACGAAAAGAUCGUUUAAGAAAUAUAUGUAAUGAAACAUACACCUGUAUAAAUCAUAUACAACCGUACACUUCUGAACGUCAGGGGAAGCAGAGUCAAUUUAGCAAGUGGCAUCAGGGCCCUCCGGGUGAUGCCAAAUUCCUUUUAUAUCUUGGUUCUUGUUCAACAAAACCACGGGCUGGUGAAAAAAAUCCGUUGAGAUAUACUACUGCGAAGUCUGAGUUAAGCCUCAUGAAAUAUACCCAUUCCUCUGUUUAUGAUUAUUCCGUGAAGGUUCGCUUGAACCAGAAUGCGAAUGCUCUCAUGUUAGGAAAUGGACAGAGUCAAAUGAGUGCCGCUAAUCUUGUGCAUCCAUUGGCUUCAGCUACUGGGAAUUUGCAAACUGCGGUUGAAAAUCCCACAACUUCCGCACCAACUUCACCUUCUCCGAAGCAGGAUGAUGCGGCUCACAGGAAAACUGUUCUUCAGACAGCUAUUGGGCAGCGGGAAGAGAAGCUAAAAUGCAACAAGGAAAUAAAGCCUCUCAUUGAAACAAAGGUUUCGAAGUCUUCCGAAUUUAGUUCGUUGAGAAAGCAGAUAGUUGGUGGAUAUCGAACCGAUGAGUUCUAUGUUUAUGUCAGAGGAAGGGGUCGUGGUCGAUACGUUUGUGAUCGAUGCGGAAUUCGCUGUAAAAAGCCAUCUAUGCUGAAGAAACAUUUAAAGUUGUCUAAGGGUCAUCGCCGUAGAAUCACGGAGCACCAGAAGGAGAGUGAUGGAGUGGAAGGUGAAACGGGUAGCUCUGUCAAACAGACGCCCGUCACCGAUCCUUUGGAUGAUUAUGACGACGAUGACGGGUCAUCAGAUGAGGAGGGCGCAAGAGCGUCAGAAACUUGCAUGUUAGACAAAAUGUCAUUUCGUAAAUUUGGACAAGAAAACAUUAUUAUUGAGCGACAAGCUCACACUCCUCCUACGCUAUGGAUUCAGGGUAAAUCAGAGCAUAGUAUUGGUGACGUCACAAUGUCAUAUCCUCGUCAGCCGCAUAGCGCUCCUCCAGCUUUCCAUUACUCUCCAGAUGUGAAAAGGCGACGUAGGGUUCCUUCUGGAGCUAAGCCAUCUGAAAAAGCAGGAACAGAAUCUGCGCAAGACGUUGAUACUUCACAUCGAGUUAGAACGAUGUCAGCUUCAGAAAAUCCUCAGUCACUUAUUGUUUUCUCUGCUCCAGAAAAUCCUGUUUUUGCGCCCUCUUCGAGCACUGUUACACAACCGUCUGUCGGGGCUUUUCUUGCGAAGGAGGAAAUGUCGUGUGAAAUGUGCGGAAAAACGUUUCGUAAACCAACCGGGCUUUCGCUUCACAGACAAACUCAUAUUUUGGAGCAACAGAGUGCCAAAGGUCGGGCUUACCAGUGUACGGAGUGUAAACAAACGCUCCGCUCUCGCACACUAUUAACGAAGCAUAUGGACGUUGCACACAAUAGUGCAGAAAGACGUAAAUCAGAAUUAAAUGAUUCCGAUUCAUUUUUAGAAGAAAGCUCGUCGAAUAUUUCUCAAAACCCACGCUCUUUUAUGUGCAUGGAUUGCAAUAUUGGUUUUCGAAAGCACGGAGUGCUUGCAAAACAUUUUCGUUCAAAAACGCACAUUAUGAAAUUGGAAAGCCUGGGUAAGCUCCCAGAGGAUGCACUUACCCUUAUAACUAGAAAGGAGAAUGGAGCAUAUUUAAACGACAUCGAUACAACAGACUCUGAAAGAGCCAGAGCUUCGCUUUUCGGUAUACAUUUGUUAAUUUUAAAACAUAACUUUUACAUGAUUAUCGGGCAGUGUGCUUUUGAAGAACUGAAACAAACAUAUUUCAAAAUUUUUUUAGCUCUUGUAAAUUCUUUGCGUGAUUCGAGCUCAUUAGAAUGCCGUGAACAAAUGGUGCAGUCUCCUGGACCUCCACCAACUACAUGUUAUGCAUUUUCUUCUGUUAAGCGAUCUACCGGCCCUAUUUUGAAUUCCUAUUCGGUAGGGAAGAAUUCUCCGUCGCACGUAAAUGGAAGGCGAAAUGAUAAUUUUUCUGUCCGCCAGAAUUCUGAAUCAUUACAGCAAAAAAGGGCUGAAGCUUUAUUGAAUCCGCAGCGUAGAAUGGAAGAUAAUGUGCCAAAAGCAUGUUCGGCGAACGUUUGGAUACCUCCAAAAGCAGAGCUGCCAUUGGUUUUCGAUAGACGUUCUGUCGACAUUGUCGUGCCGACGAAGCCCACAGCAGAUUCUUCAGCGUUAUCGGACAAUGGUUCUUCUGUAAGGUCCGAUGAGGCUAACAGCGAUGGUGCUGGCCGCAGCGAAAGUUCUACGCCAACGUUACGUCCUCCUACAGGAACUGCUCCUUCGCCUCUUGACACAUCUACGCGUUGUACGUUCUGCGACGUUACCUACGACUCACCAUUUGAUUUGCGGGUGCAUUUACAUGCCGAUCACGUCUCUAUACUUGACGGUAAGGACUUUUUAUGUCCUAAAAAGCACUGCGGAAAGCUGUACCCCAGUAGAGAGAAUUUGAGGCUUCACAUUGCUGCUCAUUACCGUGGAGCGGCGACUCCUACUUGCGAAAGCAGAGACGAUGGCGAGAGCGCCCUCACUGUCAUUCCAGAUAACGGUGCCACGCCAAUGCACCGUAAACUAGUUGGUACAAACUCUAGUCAGCAUGCCAAUUCGGCUCCAAAUCAUAGUCCCGGUGUCCCAGAAGAGUCGCAUACUGUUGUUUGUUCGAAGUCUUCUGACGCCUUAUCUUGUGUGUCAGACAGUUCUGUUGUUGGCGACGUCAGUUCCCUUCAAAGCAGCAAGUUUUCGAGAAUUUCCUCAAGUUUAUUCUAUGAUCGCAAUAGCAACGGUAUUGCAACUAAUGGUACAAAUGCUACCGAUUCUUCCAUUCAGAAGCAACAAACUCCCAUGGACGAUCCGAUGUCUGUCCUCUCUGCUACACUUCCAUGUUGCAUUUGUGGAAAGAAAUUUGGAGACGCAUUUGCUUUACAACAGCACUGGUUGUCUCAUGUUGAGCAUAGGCCACAUAUAUGUAAAGUUUGUGACGCUGCAUUUACAACAGCAGAAGCACUCGAUACGCAUUUGUUAACUCAUCCUAAAGUAAGUAGUGUUUCUUUGCGAAGUUAA